AUGAGGGGUACGAGAGAGAGAGAGAGAAUCGUGCAACACCGUCGACUCACUGGCUGGGCCUUCCUUGCUGUAGUUGUGAAGUCUGGAGAGGGGGCUGGUGGUCGUGGGGGCGAGGAUUCUUUGCUGGCUGUUCUGACGGUCGCAGUCACUUGUAGACUGCAGGGGUCUGUGCCAGCGUGUAAAUCCCUGUGCGAGAAAUGCGGCAAGAAAUGCACCGGGGAAGUUCUUCGCGUCUCGGAGAAGUACUUCCACAUCGACUGCUUCAAAUGCAAAGCGUGCAGCGUUUCGUUGGCGCACGGAGGAUUUUUCCAGAAAGACAAUGAUUUUUACUGCAGUUCCGACUACCAGAAGCGAUAUGGAACGAAAUGUGGUGGCUGUGGAGAAUACGUGGAGGGAGAAGUGGUGUCUGCUUUGGGGAAUACGUACCAUCAACGUUGCUUCAAAUGCGCACGUUGCAGGCAACCGUUCCCCACUGGUGAGCGAGUGACGUUCACGGGAAAAGAAUGUUUGUGCCAAAAAUGUCUGCAAAUCCCUGUGGUGGACUCUCAGUCUCCGACACAUAGCCCUGGCACUGGACUGCCAAGGUGUGCUGGAUGUGCUGACGAACUGAAGGAAGGCCAGGCUUUGAUUGCCAUGGAUAAACAGUGGCAUGUAUGGUGUUUCCAGUGCGCAACUUGUUCAGCUAUGUUGCACGGAGAGUACAUGGGGAAAGAUGGGAAACCUUACUGUGAAAAAGACUACCAAAAAUUAUUUGGAAUCCGGUGUGCUUACUGUCAGCGAUUUAUUUCGGGAAAAGUUCUUCAGGCAGGAGAAAAUCGUCACUUCCACCCCACCUGUGCCAGGUGCACCAAAUGCGGGGACCCAUUCGGUGAUGGUGAAGAAAUGUAUCUUCAAGGAGCUGCUAUUUGGCAUCCGAAAUGUGGACCUGGUCCUGGUGCGGAGCUCAUAAAUCCUCGACAUCCGAACGAUCAAAAUUCGAUCCCGAAUGGGCAUCUUCAGGAUGAAUAUUAUUCCGGUGGAGAGUUGGAUGGUGUUGACGGAAUGUCUUCCAUCAGUGACACUCAGUACAUGGAUGGAAGAAUGUUCAGUCCCGGCUUCGUUUUGCGGGAUUACAACAACAAGUCGCCGUCGCAUGUGAAAAAGAUCUUCACGUACAGCUAUCUCACAGCUGAACCCUCGUUGGGUUAUUUGAAAAAACCUAUCCAUCCGUAUGAUCGUGCUCAACCGAAGUCGCCGCAUUUUCACCGACCCUCAGGUGGUUCGAAGAGUCCACGAGUACCGAGUAGGAAUUCAGAACGACGCAGUGGAAUGAAAUCGUUGAUUUAUCACAUGGAAGCGAUAAGUCCUCGUCCACGAUCGCCGCAUAUGAAUAACGAAGAACCGAUUGAGCUUUCGCAGUUUCCUGCCGCGCGUCCUCCAACACCCGGAGAAACGCCGAAAAUAGAAAGAGAUGAUUUUCCUGCUCCUCCCUUUCCGUACACUGACAGAGAGCGAGUCCGACGAUGGUCAGGUUCAGCGAAAAAUGCUUUGGAUGACGACGAUGAAGAAGCUAACGAAGUAUUGAGCGGUGAUGGCACAGGUCUGAAAGAAAAUGUUGAUCCACGGAUCAAGAAAACCGAAGAAGAGCUCUUAAAGGCUAGCAACGGAAUGGGCAAGGUGUUUUUGGACCAAGUUCGAGAAAGAGAGAAAAUCCGUCUGUGGAAACUGAAGCACCUAGAUCCUCGCAAAGCGAGUCGCACUCCAUCGGCUGACCGAGAACCGAGCUAUUCACUGAGAUUUCCUUCAUCUGUUGACGCUUUCGUGAGUGCCUUACGACACGUACCCAAACCUGGAUAUGGUCUGGCUAAAAAUCCGUACCGUUAUUACACGAGAUGUUCCGCGUCUCCGCACCGACCCCGGACUGCCAUGAGCACUUCUGCUCUUGUCAAUGAUUAUGUUGAUGGGCGCGGAAUGGGCGAGAAGACACACAGCACGGAUCUCAGCAGCGCCAAGUCUGAUGUUUCGACAAUUUCGCUUCAUGGCGGCAACGGGAAGAGAGAAAUGGCACGCGAAAUAGUGACGAGUGAAACUUUCACUCCUGGGAUGAGAGCGGCUGCCGGAAGUUCAGGAAUGGCGGCGCACCUGCGCCAAAGCUUGCCCAAUAUGAAGGUACCACUUCCUGGCUCCGGAGAACCGCCGAAAAUAUAUGCCAUGCAUCUUUUGAUGACGACCAACUACAGACUUCCAGGAGACGUGGAUCGCGCGAAUCUGGAGCGACAUCUGUCGGAAGCAGAAUUCGAAAGGAUUUUCCAUAUGUCUCGAGCGGACUUCUACCGGUUGCCGCAAUGGAGAAGGAACGAUUUGAAGAAGCGGAAUCAGCUAUUCUGAAUGUUCAAAUUUACAAUUUUUCUUUUUUCUUGGUCUUGUGCUGUGUUUUUUCUUCUUUCCAACAAGCUACGCGCAUAUAUUGCGAUUUAGCUGCUAUAAUUCAGUUUUUGUUCGUUCUCCAAGCUUAAAUGGAGUUCACUGCUUAAAAGCUUUUCACGACCGAUUUCGAGGUAGGAGCGGUUAUUUAUGUUUUUGAAGCGUGUAUGCAGUUUCAUUUCAGUGGUUGUAUUUUUUUCUCUCAUCACUAGCAUUCUUCGGAUAUGUCGAGGGCUUUAUACAAGGAUGACUUACGUCUUUCAUCUCAAAAAUCCAGAAGUUCUUUUUCCUUUUUUUUUUCAUCCUCAUUCAAGAAGUACGUUUGUUAGCCGGAAAUUUAUCUUAUUCCUCAGCAGUCUGCUGUUCCCCGGAUGCAAUCUGUCUUCAUUUUCUUAUUGUUUCUUUGAGUGCAUGUUAAUUUGAGGUAAUUAAAUGAUUGCCGCAACAAAGGCAAGGAUUCGAACGCCUUCAAGUCUUCCCAUCAUCAAUCCCCAAAUUUUUUGAGUGACGUUAAAUGGAAGCGAAAUGGUUUUUGUUUAGCCUAGGUUAGAAGCGACGAUGCCACUCCGACUCUCGAUUUCUUUUUUGAGGCAUUAAAUGUUUCUUCCGAAUUUCGACCUGUUCCAGAGGGUCUUCGAGAUUUUUUCUCUCUGUUUUGUUGACGUGAUAGGCAGUACGAAUUGUUUUGCUUCUGGACGCUUCUCUAAAGCAGGACGUAUUUCUGCUUUUCCGAAGGAUCAGCUCUUGCUUGAAUCAGAAAAUGAUUAGGAGAGUGCAUUGUUUGAAGUGAUUUGUCCUGACUUAUUACAACAUUCGCCGGAAACAAUAGAUUCAGUUUUUGGAAAGCGUG